AUGACAUCGCGAGAAGAUAGUGUCCUGGCCGCCAGAGACCCAUCUCUCACAGACGAGAACGACUGGGAAGAGUUCAGUCUGUCAGAGGUCAGAGUCCUGGUGCCAGGCAAAUCCCGCUAUGCGAAUCUUCUCACAGCUUCUCCCGACAAUCCUGUCCAGGUGACGGGAUGUCUGGACGAGGUAGAAGAAGAGCAGGAGUCUCUAGUUCUCGAUCCGGACUACCUCACAAAACGAAUUGUUAUCGAAAAUGUGACGCAUUAUGCCUACGGUCAACAUAGUGACGGCGAGGUCGGCGUUUGGAUCGCUGGCCGUGCUGGCUGGUUCUCCAUAAACCCUGCGAGAGGAUACAAGCCCAUGUUCAAUGAUGUCGUCGAGGCCAUUGAUCUACUAUACUUCCUGGCAGACAGACAUCAGCCGAAGCGAAGGCGGCGGAAGAACUGGAACCCCACUGUUGAAUACUUGUGUGAGGAGUAUGUCAACCAUACGCACGGUAUUUGCGAAGAUGCCGAUGAUUCGGCGGAGGUCUUUUACAAACACCGCGGCUUUCUGCUUUCUCGGAUGCUGAAGGGAGAAGAGAAGGUGGAAUGGACCAAAACACAUUUGUUCGAGCAUCUGUGCGAAAAGUUCCCGGAGGACUUUGAAGAAAUCAAGGCCAUGCAUGAGUCAAAACAAGGUGCAGAUGCGAUGGACGAGGACGAGAAUGAGGAUGAAGAUGAAAAAAAGGACGAGGAUGUCAAUGGUGAUCCAGAAGAACCAAUCCACGUGCAUGACCCGACUAUAGCCUCAAAAACUCAGGCAGAUGCGAUUUACCAAGUGAUUCUGGAUUUGAAAGAGGCAGGACACCUGGCAAAGCGUCAAUUGAAUCUCGAGCUUCUUGCUUCCACUCUUGUCAGCCGUUUCGAGAUUGAAAAUGCGGAAUAUGCACAGGACCUCAUUUCCUCAAGGGCAAGCAUCAUCAUUGAGUUGAUGGAUGAAGCCAAAACCCCUAACUUCGACUGGUCCCGGAAGGUAAUAUAUCGCGAGCUGAAGGCCGCGUCGGAGAGGAAUGAGUUGAAGCACAUAACUCUCACUCCACUGCGUCCCCGCUCCUCCGAAGAGGAACAGUCUUCUGAGGAAGAGAGCGAACUCGAGGAGAAUCGGCGGCUACGAAGACGCCAGGUUCGUAAAUCUGUGCUGCGGCCGAAACUCAGCUCGUUUUCGACAAAGCAAAUCGGCAAACGCACUCGAAGCGCCGCGAUCGACCCUGACGAUAUGUCUGAUGAUAAUCGAGAGGGAGUGGAUGAAUUCGAAACACCAAGCAAAGUCCGUGGACAUGAGCUGGUGCGAGAUCCACUGUCGACUAGAGCGAAACGCAGGACACGCUCGAUUCUAUCCGAGUCAGCCUCAACGCCUCUCCAAAAGGCACCGUUACAGGAGACCCUCCAAAGCCGGAACACUUCUGUUUCUGCACCCGAUCAGGACUCAUCUAUAGUAGAUGUGCUUCAUGGGGAUGAUGCGCCCUCUGAUACAUGGGUCUGUCAGGUGCGAGGCUGUGACAAGGUAAUCAAUAAGCGCAAUUCGAAAAGGGGCAAAGAGAUGAUUCAAGAUCACUCCUUAGCACAUGCCGACGACACAAAGGCUAAACUGGACCUCGUUUUUGCGGAACAACGACUCAAUAUCAAUCUACGUGUCGAUAACCUUCUUGACCGCAUUCGAGAGAUGGGGAGUUUUGAUGCGGGGCUUGCCCUCAUGGAAAAUGGGAUCAAUGGAACUAAUGAGACUCCCGUGGGAUAA